AGACGUUUUACAUACGGUUCAGACUCCUUCUUGUUCUUCCGCGUGCCUUCAAACAUGAAACCCUCCUCCUGCAGCCUCGUGGACAUUCAACAGCGGAUAGAUGAAGUCAUGCAGUUUUUGUCCGUAACACUCCCUAUCGCUAAUGCUCACACUGUGGAGUUUUACACUCAAGAUGUCUGGAAGCGGUUCAUGGCGGUGUCACCAGAGGAGGUCCUGUCAGCCGUCACGCCCAACAGCGACCGGAAGAUGGAGCCAGAGCGCAGACGAACUGAACCAUCUGGGACCAUGUUUGGGUUUUGCAGUCAUUCAAACCGUCUGCUCGAUACCCACGAGUUUCUGCAGGGCGCUAAGGCCCACUCUCUCCCUGGACUUGAAGUCUGCAUGAGCAGAUCUGAUUUCCUGCUGGAGCUUCAAGGGAACUGGUCCAAGUCCACUGUUCUACCUGGGAUUGUUACAGAACUGGAAGCAGAUGAAUUUAUGAACUCUAAGAAAUCUCACGAAGUCCAGUCCAUGUCUGAGGUGGUUGCCGGUUUGGCCCGGCACUCUGGAGUCAAACAGGUGAUAGACGUGGGCUCAGGGAAGGGCUACCUGAGCUCCUUCCUGUCUCUCCAGUAUGGCCUUCAGGUUUACGGCAUCGACUCCUCCAGCACCAACACCCACGGUGCUCAGGAGCGGAACAGGAAGCUGAAAAAGUUCUACCGGGUGUACCAGAAACAGGCAAAAGCAGGGAGGACUCGAGGAGAAGCCACAGCUCAGAGGGGCUCUGAAAAAGUUGAACCCGAGCUGAAGGAAGAUGAGGAUGCUUUAUGUGUCGAUGCAUCAAGAAAUGAGUCUCAAGAGGAAGAAGGGCUGCCUAUCAUCUCUUCAUCCCCAGCAGCAGGGAGGCAGACGGAGUUAAGUCCAGAUUCAGAGGAGCUCUUUCUUAGCGCCCUGUCAGCAGAUGUACUGGAGCCUGCCUCCCCAAGGGUUCCCCCAAGUCAGCUCAGCGACGAGGAAAAGGAAAGGAGGAAGAGGGAAAAUGUAGAGAGGAAAGCUCAGAGCAGAAGAGACGGCGCCAGCGACGUGUUUUCGCCGCUCACGUCUUACGUGACCGCAGAAACUGAGCUGCGGGAGCUCAUCACCGAGCUGGAGGACGCGGUCAUGGUCGGCCUGCACACAUGUGGAAACUUGGCUCCCAGCACUCUGAGGAUGUUUGUGGCUAAACCGGAGCUGGCCGCAGUCUGCAGCGUGGGCUGCUGCUAUCACCUGCUGUCUGAGGAGUUUGACCCUGCUGGACCAGAGAGUUUGGACAGAUCGUGUGGUUUCCCUCUGAGUCAGUACCUCCAUGACCGGUCCUGCUUCUGUGGCAGAAAUGCCAGGAUGUCAGCAUGUUUGGCUUUGGAAAGAGUUUCUCUUGGCCAGGGGAUUCAGAUGGAGUCUCUGUUCUACAGAGCAGUCCUUCACGUCAUUCUGAGAGAUCACUACGGCUCCUAUAAAAGUGACAGGCGAGUGGGAAAUGUUUACUCGAAGGCGAAAUCCUUUCUGGACUACGUCCGUCGAGCUCUGCGCAAACUGGAACUGGAUGAAUCGAAGCUUUCUGACAACGACAUCCAGGAUUACCACGACAAGUACAGACCUCGUAUGGCUGAGAUGCAUGCCUUUAACAUGCUGAAGGUGACAAUUGCUCCCUGUAUUGAAGGACUGAUUCUCCUUGAUCGCCUUUGCUACCUGAAAGAACAGGAAGAUGUAACAUUUUCUGCACUGGUGCAACUGUUUGACCCUCUGCUGUCACCAAGAUGCUAUGCUGUUAUUGGACUCAAGGCUUCCACAAAGAGAAAAACAAGCUGCUGAUUUCAUGUACAAAAAUGAAAAAUUAAUUUCAAAACAGUUCUAUUUUAUUAUUUGGUUAUAUUUUUCUUUUUUUAAUCACAAUUCAAAUUUUGUACAAUUAAAUGUUUGAACCUCCUUAUACUUUUUCAUUUGUUUUAUAGACUUUAAUGUUUUGAUGAAGAAAAAAUAAUUCCACUCCAUGAAAAAACACCACAAAGCACCUGGAAAAGCAAUUUACCUGUUUAAAAAUCUAUUGCCUUUUUUUCUGGUCUUUGUGUUUGAAUGAAUCUGAGGAAAACACUUGUUUUUAAGGAGUAUUCAGGGAAACUGCGGUAUUGUGGGAUUUGAAGAGACUUAGAUUCUCCCAGCACAUCUGGAAAUCUAAUUUCUAGUUUGUCCAGAGAAGAAAGAAGAAAAAACAGCAGAGAAAGAGGCUCCUUUUUUUUAAUAUCCUUUUUUACAAAAGAAAAAGUUGCUGUUUUUUUAGGCAUUUUUGUGUUUAAAUUAUUAUUUUAAUGAGCAAAAACGUUACAUUUUUCAUUUUAUUUUAUAUCACAUGAAGUUAAAUUAACUCAGAAUUUAACAUUGUUUAUUAAGUGUCUUUAAAGUCCCACUCUGAUCAUCUUUGAUCUAUUUUCAAAGCGUUCCCAGUGGUCUUUUUAUUAUGAUUAUGCCAUUUUUAGCAAAAAAAAGUCGUUUUCUAGGACAUAGUUUCUGCAGAGCAGCAGGAGUUCAUUAGAAAUUCGACAGUGAGUUGUGGGAGGAACUACCAGCACAGAGUAAGCCUGCCCCCUUCCCAUCAUUCAUCAGUUCACAGUCUCUCCCUCUAGCUUUACAGCCCCUCAUACCCCCAACCAAUCAUUCAGUCAUUUGCAAGCGGAUGCAUCUGAAUGAAGUGGAGCAGGGAACUUGUGGCUUGCUGUAGGAGCUUCUAACGCCACGCCUACAAGCGUUUUCAACUGCAUUUUUUUUUCUUGUCUUGAUUCACAAUGAUUUGAAUUAGGAAAUACUCAGUAAUUAAAUUUCAAGCUCAAUUUUUUUCAUAUAUGUCUUCCAUCACGAGGAAAAAUGACACAAGAAACACGAUUUUCAUUGGAGUGGGUAUUUAAGAUUAAAGUUAAGAAUCUAGACAGUCUCUUUGCACAUGAAAAAUAUUAUAAAAAUUGCUAAUCAUUGCGAUUUGGUUUAUUUGUUUUUAUGUGAAACAUCAUGCAUACAUUUCUUUUUUCAGUGUCUGAAACCGAACAACCUGAAAAAAAGCUCCAACACCAUUCUCUCUUCACAAAAUCUAUUUUUCCUCUCAGACAUUUUCCUCUGUUUGUGCCAGCUGCCUGCACAUCUGCAGCUCACACACAGGUUUGUCUGUAAAACCCUUUGGUGUCCUAGUGAUUUAUGUCAGUAAAGACAAAUGAUGUCACUUUCAGCUAAA